AUGCUAAUUCAUGAGCCGCUGUCGCUGGACCCGCGGGACCCAAGGGAGAGCGGGGUCCGGCCGGUCAGACUCUGGCCGGUCCAAGAGGAGACGCAGGGUCACCUGGAGAAAAGGGUGAUAGAGGAGACAGAGGAGCCCCCGGCGGAAAAGGGGAAACGAGGUGUGGUGGGAGAACCUGGAGAAGCCGGGGAGGCUGGAGCGCAAGGUUCUCCGGGGCCCAAAGGAGAUAAGGGAGAGAAAGGCUUAGGACUCGCUGGCCCACCUGGACGCAUCGGGCCUCCAGGCUUAAAAGGAGAUCCAGGUCUCCCCGGUCCGGCUGGUCCCCCAGGUCUUCAGGGGAAAUCCGGAGAUAACGGCGUUCCAGGAGUCAGAGGAGAGAACGGAGCUCCAGGACCUCCGGGACCCUUAGGAGAACGGGGUCUUCAAGGUUUUGCUGGUCGACCAGGAAACCCGGGAGCUGCAGGUCCAGCUGGUCCUGCAGGAGAAACCGGCGCCCCAGGUACAAACGGAUCCAAAGGAGACAAGGGAGAGGUGGGAGUGGGAACCCCGGGGCAGAGAGGAGAGAGGGGAGAACCAGGAGCAAGAGGGGAAGAUGGUCGAUCUGGCAUUGAUGGAGAAAGAGGGUUGACUGGGUCUCCAGGGGUCCGAGGCACUAGGGGUGACAAGGGAGACAUCGGGCCACAAGGUGACAAAGGAGAAAAGGGAGACACUGUUCUGGUUGGAGGACCUCAGGGCGAAAAGGGCAACAAAGGAGAGCAAGGCGAUCGUGGACCAAAGGGAAUCCAGGGAGAAAAGGGUCUGAAGGGUCAGGACGGUCCCGCAGGAGAACAGGGCCUCAGAGGAGAGCCGGGGGAAAGCGGCUCGACUGGUUUCCCUGGAGCUCGCGGCCCCGGUGGUCAGAAGGGGGAAGCAGGCCAGCCAGGAGUACCUGGAGAAUCGGGUCUGCCCGGAAAAGACGGUCUCCUUGGAUACAAAGGCAACAAGGGCGAGCUCGGCGUCACCGGCCCGCGAGGCAUCAAGGGAGACAGAGGACCCAAAGGUCUCUGUGGAGGAGAGGGAGCCAAAGGAGACAAGGGGGAAGGUGGGGUUCCUGGCCGCUCGGGAUUACCAGGACGAAAAGGAGAGCAGGGGGAGCUGGGGCCCGCGGGGGCCCUUGGCAGCCCAGGAAAAGAGGGACUCGUCGGACCAAAGGGCGACCGCGGCAUCGACGGACCGUCCGGAUCUAAGGGAGCGCAAGGAGAGAAGGGGGAACGGGGCCCACCCGGGUUACCCGGACCCACAGGACCCAGGGGAGCAGACGGGGCUUCAGCUACCGGGACCGAAAUAAAAAGGAGCUUGCUUGGAGGAGGGUUAGCGAGGUGGUUGGUGUCUCGGUGGAAGUUUGCAAAAAGCGGUGGAAGAAUCUGA